GCCACUGCAAGCCGAAGCAACUCAAGGAGUGGCGCUCCACGGGUGAUUUGGCAUCAGUCUCAACGAAAAGCGGCGGUCGUCAGCAGCCGCCAGUCAGAAUACCAUGUCCUUAGCGGGGGCAGCAUCAGACACAGAACAGAAUAGGCCCGAAGAGGAAAAACAAAAUAAUACCAAUUCGGGAGCGGGGAAGAAGAAGAACGACAAGGGACGUGGGCAGCAGAUGUCAGAUUCUUACAUGUGGAAGGAGCAGAUCCAUACUCUAAUGAAGGGCGGAGAGAGCGAGUCCGAUAUAUCGGAUUCUGAGCACUUUCUCACUAAAGGCGCAUUCCUUCUCACACCCUCCCAUGGGCUAAGCAUGGAGAAAGCCUCCGCCAUCUGUGAGAAGAUGGAGUUCAAAGGCUGCUUCUCCCUGACGAAGACAGCGACAGGAAUCCUGUUCAAAUUCUCGAGCGUGGACGAUUACCAGAUGGUCUUCAAGAAGGGUUUCCAUAAAGUGACCGGUUCCAGGUUUUAUAGGAAGAUUGCAAUACCAUGUCGACCACAGAAGACCUUCACCAUAUAUGUAUACGAUGUGCCUGAUGAGGUGCCCGAGGAAGAUGUCCGCCAUGCGUUGUACAAGUACACGUCCGUAGUUGAAGUUGUCCGUCUUCACUUCUCUGGAUCACCAAGAGAUGGCACAUCAACCCCAAAACCUGUAGAGAAGACUCCACCUCGAGCUCUCACAACCAUCGAUGGGGAACUGGUCAGCAGCAUGGUUCCCAAAGAAGCCACCAGCGUCAUCCGCGUCACUCUCGCGAACAUCGAGGAAGCAAACAUUCUACUCCAGAACGGUCUUGACUUCUACGGUGCUACGUACUUCCCAACUGAACUGGCAACUCCGGCUCAAGCUGCUAAGCUUAUAAAACCGAGCAGUCCGUAUAUUUCCAGAGUGACUGGUGGUACUGUCUCCGCGAGGGUUCGAGACUUACUGCCUGUCUUCGACCAGCAAGGCUUCGCAAAGUUCGCACCGCCAGCUUCAAGACUUGUAAAACCUCGGUCCAAGUGAGAUUUGGAGAAAAAAAGACGUAAUUUUUCAUUGCUGUUGAUAUACUGAGUGUUUCCCAUUUGAUAUUUUUGACAUUAAUAUAAAAUUAUAGGAUAUAAAUGCAUAAGACCAUAGCCUCAAUAAGUGCAACACAUAAAGGAUACUAUGGAUACACAAUAGAUUUUAUGAUGUCCAUUAACUACUAGGUACUAUUUAAUGUCUUUAGAUUAUGAGUCCCAUUUUCCACCAAGUGCGUAAUAGCAACUACGCCGACGGGGUCAUUAUUCAUAUUAUUAUUUUGUCUAAAUUUCAUAAAAAAAAAACAUAUGUUUUAUAAUAUUGAGGAUAACAUUAUUUUAAUAUUUUGAAAAGUUUCGUCUUUCUGAUAACUGCAUUAGAAUUCUUUUGUUUAAUUCCGCUACCCUAAGUUCUCGUGAAACAUUUAUUAUAUAUAUUCUUUAUUGCACAUGUUAAAUAUAAAGGUAAUACAUUUAUAAAUAUUGUGAGCAGGGAUGGACUUGUCUUUAUAUUAUCUCACUUUUAAAAUAUUUUAUGAGGAAGAGCUCUUACCCGCGACAUCGCGUAAACAUAAUAUAUCAAUAACUUCUCCACUCCACAUAAUUAGUUGAGCUAUUAAGACAAUAAGAGGUAAGAACUUGCUUUCACAUUCAUAUAUAUGGUAUCGAACACUUGAUUGCAGGUUACAUCAAUGAAUCUGAUCUCUUGUUUACCAAAAGACCCUGCUGUUACAGAAUCUAUCACUGUCUUCAAAAAUAAACAUAACAGUCUGCAGAACUAUUUGUAGCAGAAGAUAUUGUAUUACUAAAAAAGGAGGUCGUAGAUCCUGCAUUAGCGGUAAUCAAUCCUCUAUACUAAAUGAUUAUACUUAUUAAAAUAUUUAAUUAAAUUAUUUUACAAUAACUUAAUUUAGUGAAGAUAAUGAUUGU